AGCAGAUGGCGAAAUUGUGUGGACGUGUGAAAAAUGCAUUUCACAGUUAAAACGGAUCAAAACACGAGAUAACACGAGUUUAAUUAGUUAGCAUUACCAGUUGUUACGAUUGGACGAAUUCCCACGGGAAUUCAUGAAUUUUUAUUUUUACUCGUUCUUCCAUGAUUAUUCAACUGUCGACAGAUCAUUUGUGUGUAGGAAUUCCAUCAACAAUACUUUAAUGCGUGAUUUAUUCGGUAUUUAAAGGCGAGGGGAUUCGCAGAGUGAAUUUUUCAGGGUUGAAUGAAAUUUUAAAGAGUUAAUAUGUUGUUAUCAGUGAAGAGAUGUUUUUGCAUCAAGGAUGGUUUUAGGGCCCUCAGCACUGGGGAGGUAUCAACAGCCCUCAGGCCCUUCUAUUUCACCGUGCAUCCGGAUUUAUUUGGACAAUAUCCAACACAGAGGACAGUGAACGAGAAUUCUCUGAAGCAGUUGAGUUCGGUAAUCGAAUGCCUCCAGCAACACAGACCGAUAAAUCCCAUGACAUUGCCAUUUUACUUGCGAUCGAAAGACGAGAAAGAGGUGAAGGCGGGAAAAUUUACUCUAGUCAAGAUACAGCUCAACGACAAGGACCUGAAGAAGACGAUAAUAUCCAUCUUGAAGGCAUGCAAUUUACCCACGACCUUCGUCGAGCAGAUCGAGGAACCCGUCAAAGGGAGAAAAGACGAGAAAUUCUGGGAAUCAAGGGGAGGAUUUGGGCGAGAAUUUGAUUUCACUAAUCUCGAAGAUGAUCCACUCUAUCAAUCGAUUUUCAUGAGGAGGAAGAUGAACACUGAGCCUGACACAUUCAAAGCAUAUUUGGAUAAACACGUGAAUGAAGCUCACGUGAAGCUGGAGGCGUGCAGACCAGUAAGAGAAGAAGUGAAGAAAUUGGAGAAAAUUCUUUGUGAACACCUGGGGCUGAAGAACAUCUUUUGGGAUUGCGGGUGGAACAUUGCGCAUUACAGGGGCUGUUUGCUGGCUUUUCAGAAUCUAGCAAGACAUCAUCCUGAGCAGAUGGAGAUCCUGAGGGGUCGGACACUAGUUUUUGCUAAUGAUACGGGAAUCAGUUCUGAGGGAAAUGUCUUAUUGAAUUCUGGAGAAGUCAGGCAUAACUGGCUAGACAUGAUCAGAAAUAUUCCAAAGCACGAUCUCAUCCUUCGACGUCUGCCAGCGUUUGAGAAAGCCGUCUCUCGAGUUCUUCUCGAUAUAAAAAUUGGCAGAAGGGUGCUCUAUAUGUGCAGGAAGUUCAUGCCAAAGGUCAUGGUUGGUCAGUACGAGCAGCAGCUGAGGCAACUCACCACUACUCUGUCAGACUAUCGAGGGAGAUCCAACUAUCCCAAGACGUGGCCCUCCACUUUGGCCUCUUAUGAAUUAGUCAUUGAGGCAGAAGCUGGACCACUCAUGCUCUCACCAACUGGACAAUUUAUCGUACCAUCCUCGUGUCCAGGAUUUUUACUCGUUACCUUCAUCACCGAGAAUUUGGAUGAGGCAACGAAGAGACUGAGUCACUAUAACAAAAUAAAGUAUGUGGAGAGAGAACUCCACAAUCAGACGAUCAGGGAUUUAUGCUUGGCGGGUUUGAACAAAGACGACAGCAUAACGCCAGACUUGAUGAUCCAGUGCUGUGAAAAAUUACUCGAAAACAAGGAAACAUUGAGGCCAAUGCUGGAUGGUGUGAUGCUGUGGGUGACUCACUAUUACUCAGUCAUGACGGAUGGAGUUCUGUGCAUUCCGUGGGACUGGAAAUUCUGAUAAGAGCAACAGUCGAUUAAUUCAAAUCAAAAUUAAUUAGUCAAUCUACUAAUCUCAAUUAUAAUGUUCAAGUAAUUCCCGAACUGAAAAGAAAUAUUAAUUUUGUAAUAGAUAACUAUAGAUAUUCUAGAGACCAGAUCGUCGGAAAUUAUAGUAAUUUCAUGCCGCUGGAGGCUACGACGAAUGAGUAAUUGAUUACCUCAGGAUUCCGCCAAAGUGUGUGAUAACGUAUUGAUACCAAUUAUGCAUCAAGAUGAAUAUGAGAUAUUCUAUUUUGUUACGAUUGAUCACUUAUUAAACUGUACACUGAAUAGUGUAGAUUAAUUGAAAAAUUGAGUGAGAAACCUAAGAAAGAAUAAAUAAUUACAAUGAA